AUGCUCAACGCCAGCGACAAUCUCGUCCAGCUUCUCUGUCCCGUCCCCAGAAGCAGCGGCGCCGCCUCCUCUUUCCCCGCCUUCCGCCGCUGCUUCUCCGGCCACGGCCGCUUCUCCCUCCCCAUCCACCUUCCGCCGGUGCUGCUGCCUCCGCAGUUCCCCGGCUGGCCGGGACCCCCCCCCACCGCCAUCUUCCUAGUCUUCUUCCUCUGGAGCUCGCUCUUCCUCGCUCGGCUCCUCGUCCUCAGGUCCGUCACCACCUACCAAUCUUCUUCCAUCGACAGGUCUGUUUCAGAUCCCUCCCUCUCUCUCUCUCAUCUCUCUCUAUCAGUCGCUAUCUUCUCCCUUCUGAGCUGGGCUUCGUUAUCUAUCGGCUCAUCAGUGAGGAAGCCGAGGGCCGCCGUGAUGAAGGCCACUGGUUCGCCGGAAACUGGCCGGGAGAGGAAGACGUGGUGCUCGAAGGGGAAGUUCUGCUUUCCCUGUCCACAAAAGUGACCGACGAGGAUACCAUCCUUGCCCAGCAAGGCGAAGAUGGUGAGGACCUCACUCUUUCCGCUAUGGAAGAUCUCGCCCCCCUGGAGAGACCUGAAGAAGAUGAGACCACCGAGUUUCCCUUCGAAGACGAGCACUCCCAGGUUGACUCGCCGGCGGCGCCGCCCGCCUCCGCCAUCGUCACCGUCGAAGGUAAGCUGGGUGAAGCCCUAGCGCCCUUUCUUCCCCGGGGAAGUUAUCUCUGCUCCUCUUUCUGAGAGAAAAGUGCUCUGAAUCAGAAGAGAAGCACCAUGAGGAGGGAAAGAGGAGCUUCUCGAAAGAAGACGAUCACGACGACGAGGAGAUUAUAGUCCCCGCUGAACACGACGCCCAACUCGUAGGGAAGGACGAAGAGGGAGGUCCGGCAGUGUACGAGUCGUCGACGGUGGGCUCCGCCUCCAAUAGCUCUGGCGAGUGGAAGAGCUCCGCCAACCUGGGGGACUCCGAGACCGAUCACCUCUUCUCUUCCUCCUCCCGCCGGCACUCCUCCAAAUGGGAGUCCUACGCCCUAUUCCGCAGGUACGACGAGGAGAUGACUUUCUUCGACCAGCUCAGCGCCCAGAUGCUCAGCAACGCAGGUCUCUUUCUCUCUCUCUCUCUCCCUCUCUCUUUCUCUCGCUCUCGCUCUCGCUAUCUCUCGCUAUAUCUAUCUAUCUUUUCCUCUUCCUCCUGUCGUCACUGAUAUCUGCCCACAGAUUCCCUGAGGAUGGUGAGGACGCAGCCGACAUCCAUGUCGGAGAGAACUGCCCACAAGAUAACGGCUAGGGAGAAGAAGCUCGGGAGUUUCAGGGUCGCCCACCGGGAGCUGGAGGCGGCCUACGUGGUUCAGAUAUGCCUGACAUGGGAAGCUCUCAGCUGGAACUACAAGCUCUUCCGGCAAGCCAUCGCCGGCGAGCAAGGAGGCGCCAGCGGAUUCUCCGCCCGCACCGCCCAACAGUUCCAGCAGUUCCAGGUCCUCCUCCAGCGCUUCAUCGAGAACGAGCCCUACGAGGACGGCCGGCGACCGGAAGUUUACGCACGGAGGCGAAUUGCCGCUCCCAAGCUCCUCCAAGUCCCCGAGCUCCACGGUAAUGGGGAUCCUGCACUCAGAAGAACCCUAGAUCUCUCUAUCUCUCUAUCUCUCUCUCUCUCUAGGCUUUUCACUGUUUCCUCCAUGACCAGACUGGGACGACAGAAACGGGGAGGAAGAAGACUCGAGGGUUUCUGCCACGGAGUUCCUGGCCAUUCUUGAGGAGUGCAUCAGCACGUUCAUGGAGUUCCUCAAGGUGGACAGAGGGAGCCGCUGGAGCUUUCUCAGAGCCCUGCUAAGGCGCAGGCCGAGCUCCGGCGGAGCAGCCCUCCUCCUCCAUGUUCUCAGGAAGGUCAACGAGAAGGUGAGUACGCCGCCGCUCAGUCGUCAAACGAAGUCCGAUGCCUUUCUUUCGCUGUUUUUCCCUGCUUUCGUUGAGUGGUGAGUGGUGAUUGAGCAGAAGAGGCGGCGGCUCAAGGAUCUCCUCCGGCGAGGAAGCUGCCCGGUGGGGAGAAGGCGGCGGCGGCAGCGGCGGAGAGAGGAGGUGAUGGAGGUGCUGAUGGGGCUGGUGGACAUGAUGAUCGUCUCCAGGGUUCUGAGGAUGCGCAACGUAAGCGAGGACCAGCUCCGCUGGUGCCAGGAGAAGAUGAGCAAGGUGAAGGUCUGCGACGGUCAAAUGCAGAGAGAUUCCUCCCCACUGUUCUUCCCUGUAAACUGA